UUAGUUGAUGAUGGAGAGAGGCGGGUCUUGGGGACCGUCUCAUGGCUGGGGGGCGGGAGGGAAAGAUGGCGGAACUGAUGCUGCUCAGCGAGAUUGCGGACCCGACACGUUUUUUCACCGAUAACUUGCUGAGCCCGGAGGACUGGGGUCUGCGGAACAGCACCUUGUAUACUGGCUUAGAUGAUGUCGCGGAGGAGCAGACGCAGCUCUUCCGUUGCCCAGAGCAGGAUGUCCCGUUUGGCAGUAGUUCCUUGGACGUGGGGAUGGAUGUCAGCCCUCCUGAGCCACCCUGGGACCCAUUGCCUAUCUUUCCAGAUCUUCAGGUGAAGUCUGAGCCGUCCUCCCCCUGCUCCUCUUCCUCCCUCAGCUCUGAAUCAUCGCGUCUUUCCACAGAGCCCUCUAGCCAGGUCCCUGCUGUGGGGGAGGUGCUGGUUGUGAAGACAGAGUCCUUGGCACCCCCACUCUGCCUCCUAGGAGAUGAUCCAACAUCCCCAUUUGAAAUGGUCCAGAUCAAUGUGGGUCCCACCUCUGAUGACCCCUCAGUGAUCAUCUCUGAGGAGGGAUCCAGGUGGCUGGUAGACAAGAAAGGGAAGGAGAUCCACUUCACUGAAUUACCUUUUGGUCCUUUGGAGUUUUAUGUCCAGACCAAGCUAGAGCCUGUCUCUCCAUCUUCCUCCAUCAACUCUGAGGCUUCCCUGCUCUCAGCAGAGUCCCCCAACCAGGGUUUUAUAGGAGAGGAGGUACUGGAAGUGAAGACAGAGUCACCAUCCCCUCAAGGGUGUCUCCUGCGGGAUGUCCUAGGCCCCCCACUUGGAGGUGUCCAGAUCAGCAUGGGCCCAUCCUCUGAUGGCUCCUUAGGCAAAGCCCUGCCCACCCGGAAGCCACCGCUGCAGCCCAAACCUGUGGUGAUAACCACUGUCCCAAUGCCACCCAGAGCUGUGCCUCCUAGCACCACCAUCCUUUUGCAGCCUCUUGUCCAACCACCCCCAGUGUCACCAGUUGUCCUCAUCCAAGGUGCUAUUCGGGUCCAGCCUGAGGGGCCGGCCCCCCCUGCUCCAAGGCCUGAGAGGAAGAGCAUUGUUCCAGCUCCUAUGCCUGGGAACUCCUGCCCACCUGAAGUGGAUGCAAAGCUGCUGAAGCGGCAGCAGCGAAUGAUCAAGAACCGGGAGUCGGCCUGCCAGUCCAGGAGGAAGAAGAAGGAGUAUCUGCAGGGGCUGGAGGCUCGGCUGCAGGCGGUGCUGGCGGACAACCAGCAGCUCCGCAGGGAGAAUGCUGCCCUCCGGCGGCGGCUGGAGGCCCUGCUGGCCGAAAACAGCGAGCUCAAGUUAGGGUCUGGAAACAGGAAGGUGGUCUGCAUCAUGGUGUUCCUUCUUUUCAUUGCCUUCAACUUUGGACCUGUCAGCAUCAGUGACCCUCCUCCAGCUCCCAUCUCUCCUCGGAUGAGUGGAGAGGAGCCUCGACCCCGGAGACACUUGCUGGAGUUCUCAGCGCAAGAGCCGGUUCAUGGAGUUGAACCCCUCCAGGGUUCCUCCCUGGGCCCUGAGGAGCCCCAGCCCAGCCCCCCAGGCCGGCCAAGUUUCAGGAACCUGACAGCCUUCCCGGGGGGCAGUGCCAAGGAGCUGCUGCUGAGAGACCUGGACCAGCUCUUCCUCUCCUCUGAUUGCCGGCACUUCAACCGAACCGAGUCCCUGAGGCUUGCGGACGAGCUGAGCGGCUGGGUCCAGCGUCACCAGAGAGGCCGGCGGAAGAUCCCCCAGAGGGCCCAGGAGAAACAGAAGUCUCAGCUCUGGAAGAAGUCGCUUCCAGUUAAGGCAGUUCCCACCCAACCCCCUGGGCCCCCAGAAAGGGAUUCUGCGGGCCAACUGCAGCUAUAUCGCCACCCAGACCGUUCGCAGCCAGAGUUCCUGGAUGCAAUUGACCGACGAGAAGACACAUUUUACGUUGUGUCCUUCCGAAGGGACCACUUGCUGCUCCCUGCCAUCAGCCACAACAAGACCUCUCGGCCCAAGAUGUCCCUGGUGAUGCCUGCCAUGGCCCCCAAUGAGACCCUGUCAGGCCGGGGGGCUCCAGGAGACUAUGAGGAGAUGAUGCAGAUCGAGUGUGAGGUCAUGGACACCCGGGUGAUUCACAUCAAGACCUCCACGGUGCCUCCCUCGCUCCGAAAACAGCCAUCCUCGACCCCAGGCAAUGCCACAGGUGGCCCCUUGCCAGCUUCUGCAGCCGGCCAGGCACGCCAGGCCUCCCACCAGCCCCUCUACCUCAAUCACCCCUGACCUGUGCAACUCACACUGACUUAGAGCUGGUGGUGGGGGACGGGAGGUGGGGGGUGGCCAAGUGGGUUUUUUCUAAGUUCUCUGAUCCCUGGGCUUGGGGCAAUUGGUAAAGGAAAGACAGGGUGUGGGGUUAAGCCCUUAUUUGGGGGUGAGGGGGUUUACCUCUCUUCUCACCCUUUUUGGAAUAUAGGGCUCCUCUCAUUUCUCUGAACCCCUAAUUCCUGCUUCUUUCGAGAUUAAGUUUUGGGGUAGGUGGACUCCUGCACACUCUUUAUUCUUUUGUUUCUCUGUUUAGGGGGUGGAGGUGGGAAUUUGGUCCCCGGGAGGGACAAGGGACAUUUUUACAUUUUGGAGCUAGUUACUGGGAGUAAAGGAGGGAUGGUGGUGGGAGAUCAGGUUUAUGUAUAUGUAUAUCUUCUUUUUUAUUAUUAAAUAAACAACUUGGAGGGAGUUGAA